AUGGAAGAAAUACCAGGAGAAUGGACAUAUAUUGAGGAUGAUGAGAAUGAACAUAAAAAUUUUUUUAAAACAUUACAAUGGAUAUUCACAAAUCUUUUUAAAGCUACCUAUAGUGAAACAGCUUUAAUGUGGUUAUGGUGGAUGAGUGUUCUCGGUGUAUUUAUGCAAGAUUUAGGACAGCUUGUUAUUCAG